AUGGCCGACAGCGGAGAAGGCGAGUCGCCAUCAAGAAGAAACUCUAGUGGAAAACGAUUCGUAAGAAGAGCUAGAAGAUGGGCCGAACUACAGCAGAAGAGGCAGGGACGGCGGAACUGCGAAGAUCCUGAUGUUCCGGUCGGUCAGAAUGAGACGAAAUUCCAUAUGCAUCAUCCGAGUCUUGCUUUCUUGAAUAGUCAACAUUCAAAAGAUCAAAAAUAUCGACCACCAGAACCACCACACGUCUAUGAUUAUGUGGAGAUGGCAGCCUUUGGAAGUGGAGAGAUGGUAGUUGAUGACGAACUCAAUUAUGAUAUUGUGGCUCACGAAGAAAAUCAACUCAAGCAAAACUUAGGCCAUACUCGCAGUUUUCCAAUCACUAUUCUUCAACCAAGAACGCAUGAAAUUCAAAUGCCAACUGGGUUUCCUGUGUCAUACGGUUACACUGAUCAUAGACCUUGCCAACGAGCAACAUCGAAUGCAUAUUUCUAUCCAAGCUAUCUUGAAAGCAGUUGUCCUCACUACCAAUCAUCUCUUUCUUCAUUUGAACAACGUCAAGUACGUCCGAUAUCGAUGAUGAAGUCUGUAGAUAGUGCUCUGACACUGAUUACCAAUGAUCUCUCUACUAUAAGUAUAUCCGAUGCAUCCAAUACAUCGCCUAGUUCGAUCUCAAACAACUCAGAGGAAGACAUUUUUUCAAGUGCUUACAAGUUUGCUUCUUCAUUACCAAAGUCAUCGAAUUUCACUAUUCCUGUCACGAUUCCUCAUAAUUUUUUCGUAAACACGCAUCCGCCACCUGAAAGAAACUGGGUAAUGAUCCGACAUGCCGAUCCUGAGCGUCCAAUUGCUACAUUCACUGUUCUUUGCUACAACGUUCUCUGUGAUAAGUACGCGACUGUCAACCAAUAUUCGUAUUGUCCUUCGUGGGCUCUCAAUUGGGAGUACCGAAAGACGCUGAUUAUCAAAGAGAUAAGAACAUAUGAAGCUGAUGUAAUCACUUUGCAAGAAGUCGAAACUGAGCAAUUUCGGACACUUUUCCUACCAGAACUGAAGGCACUCGGAUAUACAGGAAUUUUCGCCGCCAAGACUCGUGCUAAAACAAUGAGUGAAGAGGAAAAAAAGUAUGUCGAUGGAUGUGCGAUUUUCUGGAAGGUGGAUAAGUUUGAUAUGGACAAACAACAAGUGUUCGAAUUCUCUGCCGUUGCUAUGAAGAAAGCAUCAAGCAGUGGCAACAUACUUAAUCGAGUAAUGCCACGGGAUAAUAUUGCACUUUGUGCUGUAUUAAAGAUCAAAGAUGCCGUGUAUGCAAAUCGUCGCAUGACGAUACCAGCCAACGAUAAUGUUGUUGGUAAUCCUCUUGUUGUCUGCACUGCUCACGUUCACUGGGAUCCUGAAUUCUGUGAUGUCAAAUUAGUGCAAACGAUGUUGCUUGCCAAUGAAGUGUCUCGAUUACUUGAUGAAGUCUCUAAGAGCUAUAAGAUCACACAACAACAAGUUCCAGUUCUUAUAUGUGGAGACUUGAACUCUCUACCCGAAUCUGGAGUUUUCGAAUAUCUUUCUAAAGGACAAAUUUCGAGGUCGCAUGCAGAUUUUAAAAGUUUCCGUGACGAUACCUGUCUAGAGAUGUUCAGUAACUCAACAGACAAGAACGUGAUAAGUCAUCCUCUUCGUCUCGAUUCGGCCUGUGACAUCACGUCUAUUCCAUUCACCAACUACACGUUGGAUUUCAAAGGAAUGAUCGAUUACAUCUUCGCAACACCACAGUCAUUGGCCAGAUUAGGAAUACUCGGUCCAUUUGAUCCACAAUGGGUUCAAUCGAAUAAAAUUCUCGGUUUCCCACAUCCUCAUGUUGCAUCUGAUCACAUUCCAAUUAUGGCGCAGUAUGCAAUCAUACCAACAACACAUCAGAGGCAACCACCUCCACCUCAACAAACGGGUCAUCCACCUCCAGUCGGUGUCAUUGGUGGUGGUUAUCCAGCACCUCCUCAACACUCGUUCCUCAGAUGA